AUGUCAUUUCCAUAAACAUCAGGUAAGAUUAUAAUGGAUACAUCACAUGGAGAAUUAGAAAUUGAAUUAUGGUGUAAAGAAGUACCUAAGGGAUGUAAAAACUUUAUUUAAUUAUGUUUAAAUGGAUAUUAUGAUAAUUGUCAAUUUCAUAGAAUGUUUCCAAAUUUUAUGAUUCAAGGAGGUGAUCCAACAGGUACAGGAGAAGGAGGAAAAUCAAUUUAUGAUUAACCAUUUUAAGAUGAAUUUCAUUCUAGACUCACUUUUUGCACAAGAGGAAUUCUAGCAUAUAGUAAUGAAGGUCCUAAUACAAAUGAGUCAUAAUUUUUUAUAACUUUUGAUUCAUGUCCUUGGUUAGAUAAGAGACAUACAAUAUUUGGUAUGGUGGUAGGCAAAACAAUUUUUAAUUUAAUGGCAAUGAAUGGAGUUGAUACUGAUGAAAAUGAUAAGCCAGUGACACCAAUAUUUAUAAAAAGUACUUAAGUAGUUAUAGAUCCAUUUAAUUUAACAAUAACUCAAAAUAUUAAGCCAAAAACACCUGAAAAAGAAAUUAACUAAAUUUAAGAAAAAAUAAACUAGAAGCCAAUUUAAAAACCAAAAUAAAAAUAAAAAAAUAUUAAUGUCUUAUCUUUUGGAGAUGAAGAAGAUAAUGAAGAACCAUAAUAAAAUAAAAUAAUUAAUAGUCAUGAUGUUCUAAAUGAUCCUAAAUUAAAAAAAGAAUAUGCUAUAUCCCAAGAAGAAUUAGAGUAUUUUAUUAUUUUUAUUAUUAUUAUAGGAUGAAAAAACAAAAAAAAUUAGAAGAAGAAAAUAAAAUCUUAUAACUCAAAUAAAAGAUUACAUAAUAAUAGAAUAGUAAUUAAAUUAAUAAAGAAUAACCUAUAUAAUAGAAUACUAAUAGAAAUAUUUUAAUGAAUGAAAAAUUUUUAGAUAAUAUACCCUAAGAAGAUAAAUAAUUAUUAAAUUACAAAAUUAAAAAAAAUGCAAAAGGAGAAGUUUAAUAUAUUUUUAAUGAAGAAUCUGAUUCAAAUUCUUCAGAUUCUGAAUCUUCAGAAAUUGAGGAUGAAGAAUAAAGAUUAUAGAGAGAAAAAUAAUUAGAAGAAUAUGAAAAAUUAAAAGCAGAUUUCUUAUAAUUUAAAGAGAAUAAGUUUGGAUCAAAUAAUCCAAUGAUUAGAGAUAGAUUAUAACAUGAAAAAAUGUUAUUAUCUACAGUUGAAUAAAGAAGAGCACGAUUUAUUUAGAAUAUGAAAGAAUAAUCUCAUAAUGAGGCAUUCGAAGAAAAAGUUAAAAAAUUUUAAGAGAGAUUAAAAGAUGAGAAAAUUUAAAAUGAUAAAUAUCAUUGGCUUAAUCAUAAAUUAAAAUUUCAUGUUGAUUCAGCUAAUGCAUAUAAAGUUGUUGAAACAAAACAAUAAGUUUCAGAUUAUCAUGCAUCUGAUAUUGUUAAUGAGGAUACAUAUAAAGUUAAAAAAGAAAAGAAAAAUAUAGAUAAACUUUUAAAAUUAAGUGAAUUAUGA